AUCAGGCUGCGCCCGUUGGUGCCCUACUUUGGAGAGGGAAGUGGAGCGUCUGCAGUCGCUUUCUGAUGAAUUCAUGGGUUGUGGAAGUAGGUCCUGAGUGGCAUCUGGCCCUUUGAAGGCAGUUACCUGUACUCACCGAGUUCUCUUGCUGACAGAAGGUUCGGGGGGGAUUUAUUGGCCACGUGUGCACAUUCUGCGAACAAGGUAUUGAAUUGCUGUCAAUAAUGGGAAGAACCUACAUUGUAGAAGAGACUGUUGGCCAGUAUAUUUCAAACAUCAAUCUCCAGGGAAAAACUUUUGUCUCUGGUCUUUUGAUAGGACAGUGUUCUUCACAAAAGGAUUAUGUGAUUCUUGCCACUAGAACACCACCCAAAGAGGAACAGAACGAGAACCUCAAGCAUCCCAAAGCUAAGUUGGAUACUUUGGAUGAAGAAUGGGCCACAGAACAUGCCAGCCAGGUAUCUAGAAUGCUCCCUGGAGGACUUGUGGUUCUUGGAAUAUUUAUUAUUACAACUUUAGAACUAGCAGAUGAUUUUCAAAAUGCCUUGCGCAGACUUAUAUUUUCUGUGGAAAAAUCUAUAAAUAGGAAAAGACUAUGGACUGUCACAGAGGAAGAGGUCUCAGAACGAGUGAUACUCCACAUAUGUUCUUCUACAAAAAAAUUAUCUUGUCGAACUUAUGACGUCCAUGACCCAAAGAGUUCAGCAAGACCUGCAGAUUGGAAGUAUCAAAAUAGAGUGUCUACCUCAUGGCUGUCUCUAGAGUGUACUGUUCACGUUAAUAUUCACAUCCCACUGUCAGCCACUUCCGUCAGCUAUACUUUGGAAAAAAACACAAAGAGUGGACUUACACGCUGGGCCAAGCAAAUAGAAAAUGGUGUUUAUUUGAUUAAUGGACAAGUUAAAGGUGAAGAUUGUGACCUAUUAGAAGGACAGAAAAAAUCUAGAGGAAAUACUCAAGCAACUGCUCAUUCUUUUGAUGUCCGAGUGCUAACACAGUUGCCCCUGAAUUCAGACCACAGAUCCACAGCCACAGUCCAGAUCUGCAGUGGUUCUAUAAACCUUCGGGGUGAUGUCAAAUGCAGAGCUUAUAUUCACAGCAACAGACCCAAGGUUAAAGACGCUAUGCAGGCAGUGAAGAGAGAUAUUUUGAACACAGUUGCUGAUCGUUGUGAAAUACUUUUUGAGGACCUGAUUUUGAAUGAAAUUCCAGAAAAAAAAAAAUAUGAACUUCCUCAGCGAGUUUUUGUUCCCUUUCCUGGAUCCGCUAUAAUGUUGUGUGAUUAUAAGUUUGGUGAUGAAUCAGCUGAAGAAAUUAGAGACCAUUUUUCAGAGAUGUUAGAUCAUGAGAUUCAAAUAGAAGACUUGGAAAUUGCAGAGGAAGUAAACACAGCUUGUAUGACUUCCUCUGUGAAGAGCGAAGCAUCACCAACCAACUCUGGUGAUGAACACCCAGAGCCACCAAGUAAGACUACAGUUGGAUUGAAGAUUAAGCAAAACAUAGGUGCGAUUGCAGCACUUGGUGUGGCAGUCCUUGCAGCCGGCAUCUCCUUUCAUUACUUCAGUGAUUAGGGUGAGGCACAGAGAGCUUCCUGAUCAUCCAGAGAACAGUGAACAACAGCUAUGAAAACUCAAGAUGUAACUGCCCCAGCUGCAUAUAAGCUCUGCUACAGUAAUGUGUAUUAGGUGUGUUUCUGACUUACAUGACAUCACCAGCUGCCUUGUUUAACCUGCUUUCAUUAUCUGGCCCAGGUUUCCAGAAGUAAACUAUACAUCAAAAUGGAGUUGCAUGUAACAAAUCACUAUUAUGUAUUUUCAAAAAGAGUCAAAACGUGAGCUAUUUUAGAGUUUAGUCCUAUUGAACAGCAUCACAUACUGAUCGAAAUAUUGAAACUUUGAGCAGUCAGUAGCAAUCAUAGUUGAUAAAUCAUCAGGAAUUGCCUGGUAAGUUUAUCCUUAUUUUAUGGAAAUGGUCUAAAUUGGAGACCAUGAAUACUAUUUUAAGCACACAAAUGGACUGUGGAGUCCUGGAUGGCAGGUGCCAGUAGCAGCACGGCACUGUGUUGCUUGCCUCAAAACCAAAACAAAGAGAGAGUAAAUUGGAGAUGCUAUCCUAGGUAGGGAUAGUUUAUGUUCAGUAGCUCUCACCUUGUAGUUCUGUGUAGCUCCUGGCAGAAACAAACUAGAAGCACUUGUAACUUAGGCCCAAGACUCCCAUAAAUUAUGAUCAAGCAGUAAGUCUUAGGAAAAAGUAAGUUUUGAAGUUCUCCCAAGUUUACAACAACAUAGAGAAUGAAGGACAUAGUCAUAGAUGUGGCUAAGAGCUAGAUAGUGCUCCUUAGAAUAAACUAUAGGAAAAAUUGAACAUUGAAGUCAGUUCUGCCAACUAAAUGUGGGUAAGAGCAGGGUAGUGCUCCUUAGACUGAGGACUGCUUUCUUUAAAGGAAGAGGGCAGACUGCAGGCUGGUUAAUGGAAAAUCAGUGAAGUGGACGGUAGAGCAGCAGAGGGAAGGGUGACAGUCUAGGAGAACCAGGACAGGAGAAUGGAAGAGAGGCAGCACUUGGGCUGACAGGGUUCUCCACACAUUAGCAAAACAUUUAUAAAUUCAAGAAAUACAUUUAAAAAAAAAAUCCAUGAUUUUAUCCAAGUAGUGAACUACAAGACACAAAGCAAGGUUGUAAAAAAGUCAAAGGUAUAUAAAGCUCCUCAGCUAAGGUAAGCCAGUCACAUACAGAGCAGACCCCCAGUAGCGACAGUGUACCCAAGAAAGUGGGAAAAUGCCUUAGAAUUGUGAGUGGAACUGUAACAGCUGAUGUAAAGCAAAGCUCAGAAACAACAAAUCUUCAUUAAAGAAACUAAAAAAGGAUGGUCUUCAAUGAAGAAAAGUACUCCAAAGCAAGAUCUGAAAUAAAGUGUUAAUGAACAAAGUGAUCAAUAUUGUUAAAGUGUUGUUUGUAUAAAGCAGUCAUAAUGAAGUAUUCAUAGAAAUUGUAAACAAAUAUAAAACUGAAUAAAUAUUGUUAAGCAACAUUAAUGUGUAAUUUUCAAAUAUGAAUAUAACUGGGAAAAUCUGGCUUAGAGGAUAGGAGGAGGAUGAUUAGAACCAAAGUGCUCUGAGGGGCUGGGGCU